UUUAACAUUGAAUAUAUCAUGUAGUUGAUUUGGUUAUUAAAGUUCACCAGGCCCUCUGAAUCACGACGUGAUUGCUGUAUAUUUCAACGCAAUGAUAAUUCCUAUGUCAAGACCAAAGACCAUCUUCAUUGUGAUAUGUCAUUUGCAUAUAUAUUGAACAUGAUCAUUAGCUACUAAAAUGAACUUGAGAAUGUCCAGGGUGACUUUAAAUCAUACAUCGGUAUUGAUCAUACAGUCUGUUAGGUGCUAUUUAAGGCUGAUGUCUUUAUAAAAAAUAAUUUACUGACAUUUAAACAUGUCGGUCUCUUUUAUCAACAAUCCAUAUGAUACAAAAUUACGCCUCGGCUAAAUGCAAUCAAUAUACCUAGUUCGUGCAGAGCUUAAUUUCUUUUUUACUUGCUGCUAAGGCCCAUUACGGACUACAGUUUCGAUGGCUUGGUUUGGUUUGAUUUUGUUUGUCGUCCUAUAAACAGCCCAGGUCAUGCAUCAUUUAAGGAUGUGCAUCCAUGCAUGUGGUGUGUGCGUGUAGUUAAGGCAAGAUCCCAUUGAGUGACAAUUUGAUCGUUUCAUAAAGGGUUGAAUUAAGCUGAUAUGCUGCAAAGACGGCUAUUCAGCCGUUGUUGUUCUGGAAGAAACAACAUGGCUUGCUCAUACGGGAGAGUGUACGUAACUAUAUGUGUUAUCGCAGUGGUCUUCGUAUUCCUGGUCGGAAAAUAUCAAAAUGAGCUGUCCAAUAUCUCUUCAGUCAGAAUGGACAACCUUUAUAGCAAGUAUGGAGUAACCAUUGAAGACAAUGUCGAGGAAUGCGAGAGCAAAUCGAAACAACUUCCUCCUGAUGACAAAGUUAAAACGAUGACUAUUGCUGGUCUAGCUUCAAUGUACCACAGAUAUCUGAACAACAUACAGAUCCUGUGUCCACACAAGCCAAUGUAUGGCGGCGUAGUCAGUGGAUGGCAGUUCUGCAGAAUGCUGAAUUCUUGGGGAGCCGUUUAUUUCAUUAGUCAGGAUAUCCAUAGGGAGGUAUCUGAGAAUUUUCUGAAUGAAUUGUCCUUUGAAAUCCAUAUCGACACCGGCUUCAUACCAAGCAGGUAUUUUCGCGCGAUCAUGAAGACCAUGCAUGGAGAUGACCAACCCUCGGAUACACAGACGCUGUUUCGUGUGUUAUUGAAGCCGACCAACAAAUCUCUGCUGAUCAACGCAGGGCGGCAGUGGUUUGACAUAGUACUAUGGUUAGAAUCCAAGAAAAUCCUUAAAAACGUCGAUCAACUAAUUGUCAAAUUUGAGGGUAUUGGAAACGCCUCAUCACAUGCCGAUUAUGUCCGAGAACUGCUUCUUCUAUCACGAUUAUAUGAUGAAGGAUUCCGAAUAUUCCAUCUCUCCCGAGAAGUGGAUCGCUCUUGUUGGUACAACGUCGACGGAAAUAAAGUCACAGGAUGCUACGUCGUAUAUAUGAUGCGAUGCCAGAAACACUUGCCGGCACUCACACUACCUCCAGCAAGCGAUGUCCUAACUAUUCCUGCUAUCGAAGCUGCUUUGCUUUUUCACAGCUACCCUUUUUCAGCACAGGUUCUUUGUAACGACGUAGUCCGUAUUGGUGGCAUAGCUGACGGAGGAUGGGACGUUUGUAACGACACUGCUUACAGACCAUCAUCUAACUGUAUCGUUUACUCGUUUGGGAUAUCAGAGGACUGGACAUUCGACGAAGAAGUAUCGAGACGGUAUGGUUGUGAAGUCCACUCGUUCGAUCCAAGUAUAGGGAUGGAUGACCACAAACAUUCAGAAAAAGUUUGGUUCCACAACCUUGGUCUGUAUAACUACGACGGCAUGUUGCAGACAUGGAAAGUGAUGACGUUCGAUUCUAUCACGAAAAUGCUGGGACAUUCCAAUUCGAUACUUGAUUACGUCAAAAUGGAUAUUGAACUGAGCGAGUGGCCUUCCCUUGUCCAGAUGAUGAGUACGGGAGUGUUGAAGUACGUUCGCCAGCUUGCAGUGGAAAUUCAUUUAGAAACUGUGAAUUCGGGAGCCCGUUAUCCUAUGAAAUUGAGUGUACUAUCGCAACUCGCUACCAGUGGGUUCCAGAUAUUCUGGGCUCAUCCCAAUCAAGUAAUAGGCAAUUCACGAGUUAUAUACAAUACUAAAAAAGUUGUGACUGUCUGUUAUGAAAUUUAUUUUCUUAAUACAAAAUUAAAACGACAGCAAUAAACGUGUAUUACUUUCUUUUAAUCAUCAAAACGUACGAAAGUCAUCCUUAAAUUCAUGUACAGUGAAAUCGAAACUAUUUAUAGUCUGUCAUAUUUUGUAAACAUAUUUAUAUUUUGCCGUGCGUUAUCAGUAUCUACUUUCAGCUUCGGUGUCCCCCUAGGUACCUGUCUUUAUAUGACUCUGGCGAUUGUGUCUCCCUAUAGGCACCUGUCUUUAUAUGGCCCUGGCUGUUGUGUCCCCCUAGGCACCUGUCUUUAUAUGAUCCUUGCUGUUGUGUCUUUUUGACAUCAGGCUCGUAUAAAAUAUUCAGUGCUCAGUCCAUUUAUGAAAUAUAAGCAGAACAAUUUUCAAAAAAAAGAUUCAAUAUAUUUUUGUGUUUUAUGUCAUAUACAAAUUUCAUACUUCGAUUUCAAUAUAAUUGUUGUGAAGAAAUAAUAGAUCAGAAAUGGGGAUAGACAAUGACUUUUUUCUAAUACCGACAAAGAAUCAACUAAAAGAUACAGAUGUCAACAUAAGUUUUACGCAGGUGUAAAGUUUGUGGUUUUCAUAAUUAUAAAAUUGAUAUGACAUUCAAUAUGUCAAUGAAUACUACUAGACCAGAAAUCAGCUAGCCAAUCAUUUCCCCCUGAAACCCAAUUCCAAUGGGGUGGGGGUUAGUUUUCUCACCUCAUCUCCUAAAAACAAAACAAACGCUGAACAGAAUCAGCUUGUUGCCGCUUUCCUUUUUUAAAAGCAUACUGCAAGCUAGAAAGAUUCAGUAAGUCAAUAACCUAGACCACUGUCGCUGUCCUCAUACGAUCCCGGCUUUUGCGAGGACGCUGAGCCCCAAACAAAUAAACAAACGAAGAUUUUAAAGCAAAACAUUUCCACCAUUUCUCUGGUCUGUCUUCUGAAGGUUUUGUCUUUCAGAUCUUACUGCCCCUGAUGUUAAUGUUGACUACGUCUCCUGGUUCCUUUAGAUAUUUCUUUCCUUGUUUCCUUAAUAUUAUGCUCUUUGAAUCUGGUCUGAAAUAUUACUGUUCCCCGAUCUAUUCUGGUUUUGCGGCGAGAAUCUGUGAAAAACAUGUGCAUGCUAAAUCGAGAACCGGCUCAUUUCACAAUUGUCCUAUAUACUAUAACACUUAAGACAUAUGUUGCCCCAGGUAAUAUCGACUUUUUACAGUAAGUUAUAUUAUGAUUGAAUACGCCGACACUACAAUAAUGAACAAAUAGAAUGGUGUAUCAGCUACAGUAUGUAAAGGUUGUUUUGAUACAGCUUUUGUGCCAUUAAUAUAUUAUUUUUAACAUUCAAUUGAAUUUUACUAUAAAAUGUGUUUCCAUAUUUAUUAUUUAUUUAUUUUUAUGUAUUAUACAUGGUAUAACCAAUUCGCUUGCUACAUGUAUUGAUACUUUUAAGUAUAAGUUUAACAUAAAAUCAUAUUCUUGUUUUGUGCGACUGUCGUUUAUUAACAGUAAUGUUUGUUCCAAAAUGUCUUCAAUUGCCGAAUGGCAGUAAAGCAUGAAACAAUUAAAUAAUAAAACACUGACAGUAUCUUGCUUUGAUUUAGUUGUUUCCCAUUGAUUUUACCUCUAAUUGUAAAAUGUAUUUCAUUAAAUAUUCUCAUUUUCCAGUACAUAUAUAGAAGUUUAAAUAGAUCAGAAAUAAUUAGAUCUUAAUAAGCAUUAGUACUUUAUUAUAUAUAAAUCUCCAGACGCUGUACACAUACCUAGAUCUAUUUACAAUCAGAUGCGAUUAGCAUAUCAUUUGUUACAUGUACAACAUAUUACUAACGGACUAGGAAUAUUUUUACUUACUGUAGAUCACCGUGUUAACCAGAUAAUUAAGACAUACGAAGACAGUGUAGGAAAGCAAUAUUUUUUUCAACAGAAAACGUGAAUUGAAAACACCGAAGAUAAUUUAUUUAUAUUAAGAGCCAAAGUCCGUGUACAUAAACAACAAAUCAUUGCACCGGAAUACAGGACUACGAAACUGAGUGAACACUUGGACACUUGUGGAGAAAAGAAAUUUACUAUCUUCCUAUUUUAUCAAAUAUUUUCGGAAAAUUCUAUUGAAAGAAAGGAAAAAGAAAAGCUUUUUAUAAAACAUUAAUUCAAAAUUGAAUAGACUAUUAUAAUGAUAAAUAUCUCCCUCCAUUUAUUACUUCUUAAUAUAAAUUAUCCCUAUUAUUAAUGACGUCAUACCUUGUAUUUAAGUGUAGCUGUAUGUAAAGUGUCUGAAGGUUGAUAAUGAAAGCGUGAAUUUCAUGUAUAUUAAUAUUAUAUGACUUGGGUAUGGCUUGAAAAUGGCGCAGCUUAUGUCCUGAAAACACAUUUCAUUAUUUUAAUACACGGUAGUAUACUACAUUACGGCAGGCACGUAACGAUAUAGUACGUAUAACUACAAGAAAUAUAGGAUUUGGGGCGAAACGACCUUACCCUUUCAGUACUGUUAGUACGCGUCUGAUUGCAUGCAUGAAAUGAAUUAACAUAGCAUAAUUUCAUAAACAAAAAUACAAAUGUCCUAGCGAUUUGGCUGCAGGGCAAAAUCAUAUUCAUUCUUGUGCUUGCGGUAUCGCAUAUGAUUCUCAUUCACACAUCAUGUUGGCUUAAAUGUUAUGUAAAUGGCUUCCCCAUUUGGCUAAGAAUAGAAGUACCCUUCCUUUUUUUCAUGUUAAUUCAUAAAAGUAUAUUUAUCCAAAAGUAAGAAUUGUUUUUCGUAGUUAUAUUCAAAGAAUUUAAACAUUAUACUGUGACAAUGAGUUGUAUGCAGAAUACACAGGGAUGCGUUCAAUUCCAGCGUUUUCGCUUGUUGUUGAAAGGUCUAAUGUACCAACCACAAUAGGCAAGUUUCUUAUGAUUAAUGCUAAUAGUUUCCAGAAUUUGGUUUCCGUGUGGCCAUGUUGGUUGCUACAUAAGUAUGUUUCCGAGAAGAAAAAAUAUUCACAGCACAAACUAAAACGUAUAUGUCACUUUUUACGGUUUAUUUUCAGAGCUUCUAUCCCCAGUCGAGAUAAGAAUAUUUAGGAAUGUUUGUGACCUGAUGGAAAGUAUACCCAUACUAUUAAAUCUCGACAUAUAUUUGGACAAUAGCUUGAAUAAUUAUUUGGCCCUUAUGUGACGUACAAUGAUUCCGGCAAAACAUAUAUAUCUAUAUUUUAAACAAUAAUAUGUUUAACUUGUUAGACAGUGCAAGUCAGAGACAAUCGCGUUCCCAUCACCAUUAGCAUAACAUUAAUAUUUCAUGCUAAAAUUUAACGAUCGUAAUGUUAAUGUACGUCUGAAGUCUCAGGUAUCUAAAGUAGUAGGUUCCCCAUAUUCAUCAUCGUUGUUGUCAUACACUUUUUAUAUAUCUCAUUUGUUUGCAAGUGCAAUUUCCGAAUGGACACACUCCUAUAACUUGAUAUAAUCAUAUUUUGUGAUUUUGAACAUGUUUACUUGGAUGUUUAAUUGAUACCCGUAUUAAAUCUUUCUUAAAAUUUGAUGGUUAAAGGACAGUGUCUUAUUGUGUUCAUUUAUUAUUUUAUU